GGUGCUACAAUCAUCAUGAGAACUCUCAUGGUGCUCAUUUUUGCCGUGACCAGUUCCUGGGCCGCCGAUUACGAACUGCUGCUCGAGGAUCCGGACGUACUAUCGCCGUGCACAGAUGGUCCUCCCGGGUCCAUCAACGCCCGUCAGGCAGUAAAUUUCGAUGACGUUACGAUCGAACAGGAUUCUGAUACAAUCCACCUUUCUGGGAACGCCACUCUCACGUGGGAUGUCCAGCCCACCGAUCGCAUCACAGCAAGGCUUGACUUUUUACACUUCAACCGCGGGACUUGGGAGCCCACUGUAUUUAGCAUGUCCACCCAAGACUUUUGCGCCAUCAUGUACGACCAAACCCAGUACUGGUACAAGUACUGGACAGGCUUCAUUACCAAUCGCCACGAAGUGGAAAAGAAGUGCCUCAAAGCGCCUGGCACCGUUUUGGUACACGAGCCUUUCGACAUAAGGCUUAAGAUUGACAAUGUUCGGGGUCCAACUCUUCGAGGGCGUCACAAAAUGGUGAUUGUCCUCCAUGCACUCGAUGAGAGGAACGUACCGCGUCCGAAUCCUAUUUGCGUAGAGAUCAUAGGAGAACUUGUUAAGUUGUAAUACUUGGUGGAGUAUACUUGCUUGUAUACAGCUUAAAUUUUAAUUAGAACCAAUGCUUUGAUUAUAAAUAUAAAUAUAUGACGUUUUAGUAAAUUUACCCAACUGAAAGGUUUUAAACUGAA